UUUCAUUUUGAAAUUCAAACGCUUUUCUCAAAUUCAAACAAACAAAUAUUUUAAUGUUAAUUAAAAUACAACCUUCUGCUAGUUAGUGUGACUAUAAAGUGCUCAAUUUAUUUAUUCUGAUGUGCUGACUAUGGUAUAAUCAAAGAAGCAAACAUGUAUUUUCAAAUCGAAAAUACUCCUGAACACAUAAGGAGGUCCCGUCGGGCCGCCGUGGUCCGGGAGCAGGCUCCUCAGGAGGAGCUGCCUCGCCUCGUCAUCGCUCCGUUCUCGAGACCACCCCAAGUAGUGUUCGAGAAUGUCGUUAUUGGAACAACUUGUGAAAGAAGCUUGGAAGUUCUUAAUCCAUCCAAACAAGAGCAACAGAUAACUCUUGGAAAAGCUCUUCCCGAAGGGCUGGUCAUCCAUCUGCCUGGAGAAUACAUGACUCUGGAGCCGGAGACAUGCUACUGCCUCACCAUGAUGUGGACUCCGAUGCAGCCGACAGCUCUGCGGGAGACCAUCAGAUUCACAAACGAAAGCCGAGGAAGAUAUGACGUCAUUGUUGUGUUGAAGUCUGCCAUGAACAUCAAAGGGAAAGGCAUUCAACCUAAAGGAUUUAAAAUAUCACCUGGCAAAAUGAAAAAGAAAUCUAACAAAAAAUCCCCUGUAGCCAUUUACAAGAAAAAAUCUGAAGUUAUUUACAACACCACCAAGAUUAAGAAGACUGUCAAUGUGACCCAAACCACUGUUCAGCACAGAAUGUACAGCUCAUCCAACAAGGAGAAUAUGUCCAAUAACAUGACCCAUGAGUAUCUCCAGGAGCCCAAACCAAUCCGGUGUCCGUUUGACUCUCCAACCAACAUCGAAUUCAACUUUGAUACCUCAGAAGUGUUUGCCAACAUGAAGAGAUCCAACCAAACUGAAGUGCUCCAGCAAACCUACGAGACAAGCUUCAGAUCUAACACCAUGGACCUACCCGUCAUCCCAUCUAAUGUCUUGAAGCCAUCAAACAAACAAAACUUUGACAACACAGUUUCUGAUGUUUUUGAUAACAUCACUUUUACACCUCUCAAAGCCGUUCCCACUAAGAGUGAUAAGCUGGUGAAGGGCCCUCAGAUCAUUCUCAGUGUGAACUCUGAAAGUGACUUUGAUGACAGUCUCGACAUGAAGUAUGGUAACAAGGAGAAUGCGACUCACUCCAUCCUCUGCAUCACUUCAAACAAGAAAACAAACCAGUGGGUCAAUGCCAACCAGCAGAAGCCCUACAUCGACAGCCAUUUUGUGGAAACUCCAACAGUCAUCAACAAGAAGAUUCCCAACACAUCCUCUCCAAAAGAGUUCAACAGUCCAAACUUUUCCAUCAACACAGAUUUCUCUAGAAUCAGUGACUUGUCCUUCUUUCCACCAAGAUUUUCGACUGAAAGGAAAGUUAUUCCGAAACCCCACAAUGAAACACAUGAAAUUAUUGAUGACCCAAAACUGAGCUCGGACACCUUCACUAAGGACUCCCCUUUCAAUCCAUAUCCUUCUCUGGAGCCGCAGUAUCAGUACCCGCACGUGCACCACGGCUACAGCGAGUCGCGGCCGCCACAGUACAGCCAGCAGCCCAAAGUAUGCAGGCAGUCCCUGUUUAAGGAGUUCCAACAUCAAAGAGAUCAUAUGUCUGACCGAAACUAUGUAAAGGUGCCGGCUUACGAGACUGAGGCCUGGCAGAACCAACUCCGCGUUGACACCAAGUCGCCCCCGCCUCGCUCUAUUACGCCGCCUCUUCAGUCGAUCCCAGAGGAAAGUACUCAGUUUUAUGACACGAAAGUCUUCGACAAAACUGAUGCUCAGCAGUGCACUUUCACCAUAAACCGCACCUUCGACAAAGCUAACGAGCGACCGUCUCUAUCACACAGCACUCGACAAUCCUGGUCCAAGAAAGCUGUGAGAGUUGAACCAGAACUCUGGAAGGUACCUGUAGCUCAACCCAGAAAGUCUAUCAAAUCCAAAACGGUGAAAAAGGAUGAUUCUAUGGUCAGUAAGAUAUCCAACACAACAUUUGAAGGGAGAAACUCAAUUCAAAACCUCACCUUGAAUCAAAUUGGUAAUGUUUACUCUCAAUCACUCACUAUUGACCCAUUCUUGUCUUCCACCUACUUUUAUGACGAAGAAGCCGUUGAUAAGUUCGAGAAGGAGUUCAAGAGAUGGCUGAACUGCAUACUGACGCCGCCAGCUGACCUGGAGAGCAAUAUAGAGCAGAAAAUCGAUGUGGGCAAGGCGUGGAUAGAGAACAGGAAUAAAGAAGUGCCACUUGCGCCCACCAAGGAGCAAGUCUGCAGCUCCUACCACAACAGCCAUCGACUGGAGAGCCUGCGGAGAUCCGCACGGGGACUGCUCAUGUCUCCAGAAAUAGCUCAAGUCUUCCUUAAGCUAAACGCGCAGAUUGAGAAGAAACUAAUUGCAAUUAGAACUGACAGAAACCUGCAUUUAGAUGUGGGUUUGCAAAAGAUUAUCAUGGAGCUGCUGUUAUCCUACAAUCCAUUAUGGCUGCGUAUAGGGUUGGAGGCGAUCUACGGCAUUGUUCUGCCGCUGAAGUCCAACAGCGACAUAGAAGGCCUGACGUCAUUUAUUAUUCAGAGAAUGUUCAAGAACCCGCACCUCAAGAACAAACACUCAAAGUCCAACGCGCCCAACAUGCUGCUACCAGCUUACAUGGAAGCCAUUAAAAAGUUCACCUUAAAGAAGUUCUUCAUGCUCGUCUUCUUUUUAGACCAGGCGAAGCAGCGCAAGUUGAUACCUCACGACCCGUGCCUGUUCUGCAGAAACGCAAUCUGCAAGGAGAGCCGGGAGAUCGUGAUUAGGUUCACUCGGGAAGUGAUCGCGGGUAUAGGUGACAUCACGCGACACUUGCGGCCGCUCGGCUAUGUCGUCAGCCACAAGCAGUCCUAUCUAGACGAGUACAAGUACGCAGUACACAACAUAGCUGUCGACAUCCGCGACGGAGUCAGACUCACUAAAGUGAUGGAGAUCAUUCUCAUGAAGAGCGGACUCAUGAAUCAGCUGCGCACGCCGGCUAUAUCCAGACUGCAGAAGAUACAUAACGUUCAUGUGGCGUUGAAUGCUUUGAAAGAGGCGGACUUUGCGAUUGUUGGAGAUAUCACGCCCAAUGACAUCGCUGAUGGACAUCGCGAGAAGACGUUAUCUCUGCUGUGGCAGUUGAUUCACGUGUUCCGUGCUCCUCUGUUUGAGAAGGCCUCCAUAGUCAUACAGACUUGGUGGAGGAAGAAAUACGAAGUGAUAGUCGCUAAGAGAAUUGAAGAAGAGAAGGUUAGACAGAAGAAGAAUAACGCAGCGAGCGUUAUCCAGUGUUGGUGGCGCCGCAUUCAGUACGCGCGGCUGGUCGAGUGGAAAAUGCAGCAAGUCACACACGCCACGAUCGUGGUACAGAAGUUCUGUAGAAUGUGGCUGUGCAAGACUCGCCUGCGGAAGAUUAAAACCAGUGUGUUGAGAAUUGAACAAUGGUACAGAAAUGUGAAGUUGAUGAGAGAAGCAAAGGAAACCUUGAAGACGUUGAGGUUGGAAAGAGAAGAGAGGAGGCACAGGGCGGCCAUCAAAAUCCAGACCUAUGUUAGAAGGUGGAGCUGCAUUCGGAAAUACGAAAUGACGGUCAAGAAAAUAGUUCUUGUACAAAGCUUGAUCCGCUGCUUUCUUAUAAGAAAAUGGUACUUGAACCUAAGAAAUACCGUUUUGCGUGUGCAAGAAAGGUACAGAGGAAAACUGUUAAUGAAAGAGGAAAUGCGCCGGUUUGAGGAACAGCGCAGGAGUGCCAUCUGUAUACAGAGUUUCUACAGAAUGUACACUCAGCAAAAAAUGUUUAUCAAGCUCAAGAAGGCUGUGACAACUCUUGAGGAACGCUACAUAGCUCUUAUUAAAAUGAGGAACGAGCGACAAAACUUCCAGAGUCUCAAACGGAGUGCAAUAACUACGCAAUCGCUUUACAGAAGCAAAAAAGCGCGGACAGAGUAUUUGAAACAGAGAAUGUCGAUAAUUCAGUUGCAAAGAAGAGUAAGAGCCAAUCAACUCAUGAAGCGAGAAAGAGAUGACUUCUUACGGAAGAAGAGAGCAGCUGUAAUUUUACAAACUCGUUUCCGAGCACACACUGAAAUGAAGAAGCAAAGACAAAGCUACAUUGACCAACGAAAUGCCGCUAUCACCAUACAAAAACACUUCCGCGGUCAUCUACUGACGAAGACACAAAGGAACAAGUUCCUGCAACUAAAAUCUGCCGCUAAAGUGUUACAACAGUACUACAGAAACUUGAAGGCAAUGCGGAACGAAAGAGAAAAAUACUUGAAACUGAAAGAAUCGGCCGUAAUAAUUCAAAGACAAUACAGAGCGUUGAUAAUGAUGAGGGAGUGCAGGGAACAAUACCAAAAGAUUCAAAUAGCCUGUGUAGCAAUGCAGAGAAGAUACCGUGCCCAAGUUUUGAUGAGGAAAGAAAGAGAUCAAUAUCAAAAGGUUAGGUCAGCUUGCUCAACAAUCCAGAAUGCUUUCCGAGCGCACACUUUGCGUGUGCAACAAAGACAGAGAUAUCUACAGAUGAAAGAGGCAGCCAUCUGCAUACAAAGGUGGCUGAGGAGAUGUAGAAUAACGAAGCAAAUAAAAGAAGAGUACCAACACUCAAAGCAAGCUUGUGUGGCCAUCCAAAGGACAUACAGAGCUUACAUUGCUGGCAAGAAACAAAGACAAGAAUAUUUGAGAAUUAAGACUGCUUCAGUUUGCAUACAGAAGUAUUACAGACUGUAUGUUGAAAUGAAAUUAGUAAGAGAACAAUAUGUUCAACUGAAAACGGCUACAGUGACAAUCCAAAGGCACUUUAGAUCGCACAUCGCGGCUAAGAAGCAGAGGACCGAAUACUUAGAGAAAAGAACAGCUAUUUGCAAGAUUCAAAGCUUUUACAGGCAAUGUAGAGAAACUAAAAAGGUGCGAAAGGAGUAUUUAAAACUGUGUUGUGCAACGGUUUGCAUCCAGAGGUAUUACAGAAGCGUGUGUGUGACAAGGAGGGAAAGAACGCAGUACUUGAGGCUGAAGCAGGCUUCACUGACUAUCCAACAGCGAUACAGAGCACUGAUAGCGAUGCGGAAUGCCAGACAGUCGUACAACAAACUGAAACAUGCUGCAAAGGUACUCCAGACAAGAUUCAGGGCUCAAGUAGCCAUGAAGCAAGAGAGGUCCAAAUACAUAUGUAUUGUAAAAGCGUGCACGACAAUCCAACGACGAUACAAAGCAUAUGUGUUAGGGAAGAAAGAGCAAAAUCAAUACCUCAAAUUGCGACAGGCAGCUGUUACAGUCCAGCAAAGAUUCAGGGCCAAUCUGACCAUGAGAACACAAAGGGAAACAUAUUUGAAAAUUCAGACUGCUACCAUCACUAUUCAACGACGCUACAGAGCCCACAAGGCUAUGGUCACUGAAAGGACGAAGUACAUGAGAAUUUUGCAAGCAACUGCAUGCAUACAAGCGAGAUGUAGAGCUUAUUUGACCGGGAAAAAGGAAAGACAGGAGUAUGUCGCGAUGAAGCAGGCGGCGCUAACAAUACAGCGCAAAUACAGACUGAUUAGAGAGUAUAGAAUAGUUAGGAAUAGGUAUUUACAGAUAAGGAAGAGCGUCGUCUUGAUCCAGAGACAAUUCAGAGUAAAUAAAAUAGCACGAGAGGUACGCAGAAACAACGCAGCACAGAAAAUACAAGUCUGGUACAAAUCGGUACAAAUGCGCAAUGAAUGUCGAACUAACUACUUGAAGUUAAAACAGAGCGCCAUUGUUAUACAAUCUGCAUUCCGCAUGUUGAUCGUUCGCAAACAUUACUUACGGCUUAAAAACGCAACCCUGACCCUACAGAGAUACUACAAAGCGUAUGCAGCUGGUCAGAAACAAAGGAAGGAGUAUGUCCAGACAAGGUCUUCUAUAAUCAAACUGCAAGCCAAUGUCAGACGCUAUAUCGUAAGGAAGAGCUACCUGAAACAACGAUCAGCGGCUGUCACUAUUCAGAGAGCAUACAGACUGAAAAAAGAACGCGAACUCAUCAAGAAGCAAAGAGAGGAAGCUGCGGUUUGCCUCCAAAAGAACAUCAGACGUUACUUAGUACAGUCCAAGUACAUGUACUAUCGUAAACAGGUGAUUUUGAUCCAGAGUGUAUGGCGAAGCAAGUUGGUGACCAGGCUCUACAGAUGUGAAUUCUUACAGAAGAGAAGGUACAUCAUUAAGUUGCAAGCUGUGAUCAGAGGAUACUUGGUGAGGAAGGAAGUUCAGCACAAACUGGAGCAACUAGAAGUCAUGAAGGAAGAGAGGAGGAUCCAUCGCGCUGCUUCGAAGAUUCAGGCGUUAUUCCGCGGCCACCACACACGCACGCAGCUAGCAGACCGGCGCGUGGCCGAGCUGCGGCUGCGCUGGCGCCGCGGCGCGCUGCGUUCCGACCAGGAGUCCAUGAGGGAGCGGAAUGAGGAGGCCAUGGAGGUGCUGAGCAACCUGUAUGAUAUUGAGACCGUCAUCAGGGCGUUUAGGUCGCUUGAGCUGCUAACGGAGGUAUUCCCCAUGAUGUACAACGCGGACGCGGGGUCCAUCAGCCGGCGCGUGUUCAUCUACAUGUCGGUCACCAACCGCUCCAUCUCCAGCAUUGAGGUGCUCAAGUCCGCCGCCGCCGUGCUGGUGAACCUCGCGCGGUAUAGAGUCACUGGGCCGAAGAUAUAUGCGAGAGACCGCAUAGCUCCCGUGCUGAAGUUCAUGUGGCGCUUCAGCAACAGUGAGACGCAGCUGUUCUGCAUCCUGUGCACCUACCUGUGGCUCUUCGCCAAGUACGACGCCGCGCGAGAAGACCUAACAGAAUACCUGCAGGUGCCAGAGAACCACAAAAUGCUCGUCACGAUCAAGUGCAACGUGGACCGCAUGAAGAGAAUGGCAGAAAACUCCUCCAAGACCCGAUUCUCAACACCGCAGUCUCACAAGUUCAUCUCUCACACCAUGAACCAGUCUAUGAGGGACUCUUCCAGUAAUAUAUUGAUGCCGGCAUUAGAACCAGACUUCGGUAUCAAGCGCGCCGAUAAACCCCGCUACUUUGAAGACGCUUCGCAAGCCAUAAAUUGCCUUUUCCGUACAUUUAAAUUAUAGUAGAGUGUUGUGUGUUCAUGAAUUUUAUUAAUUUAAUGUUAUUGUUAUGUAUGUAUUGGGCGGAAAUCGCAGUGUAUUUUAGUUAAUAAUAAGCUACCAGUAAAAUUAUGUCCAUUUAAGUUAAAUGCACAAUGAUUUCGUGUAGAACUACGACAUCUUUGGACAAAAGCUUAGGAUAAGAUAAUUAUGUAAUUUUAGAUUUUUAUUUUAUGAAUAUUUCAAACUUUGUCCUUUACGAUAAUGGUUAUGUUAAUACCUUCGUGAUAUUAUAAAUUAUGACCGCUACUCCUUAAUGCGUUACUACGGAUGUCUCAUAUUGGCAAAUAGCAUUUUUUUAUCGUGGAUAUGACUUGUACAUGUACCCCACUUCCAGUUUUAUGUUAUAUUUUUAAUUCUACUUGACGAUUUAGUUUGUAAUCUCUAAUAAUAAAGAUUGUCAGUAACACAUUAA